CCGUAACCUGAAACUGCAGCCUCCACAUUUGGGCACUGGUUGAUGCUUUGCCAGCAGCGAAGCACGAGGUUGGGCUGCCCAACUGACCGGGGUUAUUUAACGUUGCUGGCAGCUCCUCUCGUGCUGGAGUCGGGACGCAGCUGUAACUUUGGUUACACAGUUCUGCUUUUCCCUUCCCUGCAUGAAAUUCAGCUGCUGGGCCCAGUUCUUCUGUUCUUCAGUGCAGCUGUGUGUGAACCUGCAGGGGUGGGAAUUGCAGCAGAACUGGUUUUGCUCCAUUGGACUCCCUGCCCACAAUGGAGCUCACCAUCCUCUUCCUCCGCGCCUGCCUGGCGCUGCUGGCCAUGCCCAUCUACCUGCUGUCCUUCCUGGGUGUGUGGGGGCCGUUCUGCAAGAAGGUCUUUUUCCCUUACUUCCUAGAGAAGCUGUCUACAGUCCACAACAGGAAAACCAAGAAGCAAAAGCAGGAAUUAUUCCGAAAUCUGCCCGAUUUCACCGGACCAUCAGGAGAGCUGAAACUGCUGGAGAUCGGCACCGGGUGCGGUGCCAACUUCCAGUUCUACCCUCCUGGCUGCAAAGUCACCUGCAGUGAUGUCAACCCCAACUUCCAGCAGGGUCUUUCAAGGAGCAUGAGCAAGAAUCAGCACAUCCACUACGAGCGCUUCCUCACUGCAGCUGGGGAGGAUCUGCACCAGGUGCCCAGCGGCUCCGUGGAUGCUGUUGUCUGCACUUUGGUUCUCUGCUCGGUGCAGAGUGUGAGCAAAACACUGAAGGAAGUGCAGCGUGUGCUCAGACCGGGAGGUGUUUUCUAUUUCUUGGAGCACGUGGCUGCCAACCCUUCCAGCUGGAAGCUGUUCUGGCAGCAGGUUUGCCACCCGACCUGGAAACUCGUGUUUGAUGGUUGCUGCCUGACCAGGGAGAUAUGGAAGGAUCUGGAAGAGGCCAACUUCUCGGAGCUGAAACUGCAGCACAUCAGUGUGCCGCUGCCCUGGACUCCCAUUAAGCCCCACAUCAUUGGAUAUGCUGUGAAGUGAUGUGGGGUGCUCCGUGCUGUUCACCUCCAUGAGUCCUGGGCACAAACAGCAUCAGCUAAUCCUGGCCAAUGAAUGUAGGCGGCGUGGCUGAGGACCUUAAUAAAUGUGAAAUGAAAGGAG